AUGUCCACUCAGACCAGUGAGCAGGUGGCAAGUCCCUCAGCUGGAGCAGUGACUGUGAAGAGUGGACACAGAAUGGGAGGAGGUCGAGGGACUGGCAUCGACAUGAACGUGCUCAGUGGGGGAGGGUGGGUGAGGGUUGAGAGCACAUCUGUAUUCAGUCAGGCGGGGGGCGGGGGGGUUAGUCGUAGUAGAAGCAGACAUUACGCACACGCACAGAUCCAAGGCACAGUGGCUCAGGUGUGCGAAGCGUGA